GUUCAUAGGUGUGUUACUUGCUUUAGAUAAUGGAAUACUUGGGGUUCCAAUCAUAAAUUCUUUAGUUAACUUUUGGUUUCAUUUGAUAGAUCUCUUAUUUCAGUUUUUCAGAGUUGUAUGUCUGGUGUAAUAAACCCUUCAAAAUGUGUGCUAAGAUGGCAUUUCAGCAUCAGGCUGGCACUGCAAUGGAGUGUCUUAGUAUACCAAUUACAUUGCACAAAGAACCUGGUGUAGAUCAUGAAGGAAGAGAAGUUUUGAAAUGUGGAUUCAAAAUAGGAGGUGGUAUUGACCAAGAUUACAAAAAAAGUCCUCAGGGUUAUACAGAUAAUGGUAUUUAUGUAACUGAAGUGCAUGAAGGAAGUCCUGCUUCCAAAUCGGGUUUACGAAUGCAUGACAAAAUAUUACAGUGUAAUGGUUAUGAUUUCACUAUGGUAACUCACAAGAAAGCAGUAGACUAUAUUAAAAAACAUCCUAUUUUGAACCUUCUUGUGGCUAGGAAAGGCGUUACUUCAUCUUAAUUUUUAUGUACCUGUUUUUAUAAAUUAUUGUAAUUAAUUUCUAUUGAUUAUUUUAUGCUUUCAGUUAUUACACAACCAAAUAUUGCUCGCACAAUUUUUCACAAAUUGUAGUUUUAUGUAUUUUUUUAUGAUUUGUAUAAAGCAUAUUGUGCCAUAGAUGUUUUAUAAUAUUGAUAUAUGAAAUGUUGGAUAAAAUUAUAUUUAUCAUGUUGAUUAUUG